AGUUUUAAUUAUGAUAUCGAAAAGCAGAGUAUUUCUUACUUUAAGCAGACCUUAAAUAGCUUAUUCCUUCUCACUAGUCAAUAAACUAAAGAGUGAAGUUUUUAAAGGAUCUAUUUAUAGAGCUAUAGGUAUUUUAGCAGGAAUUUAGAUUAGUGCAACAUUUAUUUCGCAUUUUUUUGUAGAUAAAUAAGUGAUUUUCCCUGUUGAAGAUUAUCUGAAGAAUGACAAAAUUAAGGAAAAUCAACAUUACUCAAUUGCUGGCAUCAUAAAACCAGGAACUAUAGAAAUCAAAAGAGGCACGCUUGAUGUGAAAUUUAUCCUUACUAAUUUUGAUGAUGAUAUCACUGUUAUCUAUAGAGGUGAAACUAAAUAUGAAUUCAAAGAAGGAGAAACAAUUGUUUUAACAGCAUACACGCCUGAUUUGAAGAAUAAAAAUAGAAUUAUAGGUCUUGAUUAUUAGACUAAACAUUCAAUGGAUGGAUAUAUGUGGGAAGACAAGGUUGGUGUUAAUCGUAAUAAUUAUGGACUUAAUUCUAAAUUAUAAUCUUAAUUAUGA